AGAGCCAGUUCUGAUAUCCUGAUUCUUGCUAAACUAACGAUUCCUCCGGUACGCGGCUCAGUUUAGAUAUGGUUUAGAGGGUUUUGAGCAUAUCUUAUACAACGCCUCUUUCGACGACGCCCCAUACCGAAGCUACCUCUUUCCCCUCCACCCCGCGUCCAGCCUUUGUCGCAAAAUUUGUAUGACUGAGUGAUCGAGUCUCGGUCCCAUACAUUCUUUUCGACUCCGCCAGUCUUCUAAGUCAUAGAAAAGUCGUACAUAGUCACCAUGCCGCAUUCCGUGCCAGUUCCCAAUACGGGCAUUCAAGCCCUCAUCCUGUGCGGGCCUGGUGUCAGUCUGAACACCUUCACCUCAAAUGAGGACUCUCCCAAGGCUCUCGUCCCGAUCGCCAACAGGCCGAUGAUCUACUACCCGCUGGACUGGUGCUAUCGCAUGGGAAUCACAAAUAUCACGAUCGUUACUCCAUCAGCAAUCAAGCAGCCAUUAGAAAGCGCUAUGGGCACAAAUCCAUACUUGACCUCCCUUCCAUCCCCUUCGCCGUCGAUUCUCUCGCCGCCUGACCUGACCAUGACUACCGGAACGGCGGAAUUGCUCCGCCUCCCCGAAGUUCAGUCGUGCAUCAAGUCUGACUUCUUGCUUCUUCCCUGCGAUCUGAUCUGCGAUAUUCCCGGAGAGUCGUUCAUCGAAGCGUGGAUGGCACAAAGUGCACUCGGAGGCUCGGACGGACUGAAGACGGUGGGAUUGGGAGGUGGUAGUCCUCGCGGUGGUCUUGCCAUGUUCUACCAGACCAAGGGUCAAGAAGAGAGCGUGAAGGGCGAGGCCACGGAUUUCGUGGCUACCAUCCCGCUCGAGGAAGAUGAGGCACCGGCCGUGUCUCACCCGCUCGACGGACCGGCUGCGCUGCGCUUCGGACUGUCGAAGCUCGCUCUCUCCAUGCCGAUGGAUACACUGAAGGAGAACAUGCAGGAACAGAAAGGCCUGCUCAUUCGACACUCUCUGGUCAAGAAGCAUCCCCGCAUCAAGCUUCUCACGAGCUUCAGAGAUUCGAAUUGCUAUCUUCUUCCAUACUGGGUAUCUCAAUUCUCGCGUCUCAACGAGCUAUUUGAGAGUAUCAGUGAAGAUCUUGUGGGAUGGUGGGCGAAGGCAGGAUGGCAAACGGGUCUGGGAGAGAAGCUCCACUUGAGAGAGAUCCUUCAGCCUGAAAACAAGGGUGAGAGCGGGAGCCAGGAUGGAGACUCGCUAGAGGAUGAGAUCGAUCUGAACUCCAUGAUCUCCACAAAAUCGGGGGCUGGCGUCCCUCGCGACGGUGCAUUCUCCGACGAUGUCCAGUUCGCCUCUCGCGUUAAGAACACCGAUGCCAAGGACGCAGAUAGCGCCGAGCCUCUGCAUGUUCCCCCCAUUCUGGCAUAUAUGCACUCUUCCAAACCGUCCGCGCCAUUGGUUCGCCGAGUAGACAGCUCCGCCUUGCUCCUGAGCGUGUCGUUGAAGUUGGCCAAGCUGGACGCCAUCGAGGAAGUCGGCCGCGUCGCCGCUUCUCCCUUUGCGCACAACCAGAAAAUUAACGGGACCUCGAAUGUCGCGCAGCGGUGCACGGUCACCAAAGCAGACUGCCUCAUCGACAUGAACACUACCAUCAACGAGAAGUCGGUGGUCAAGGAGUCCGUCAUCGGAGCCAACUGUGUGAUCGGAGUUGGCGCCAGAUUGACGCGGUGCCUGGUCAUGGAUGGAGCUGUCAUCGGCGAGCGUGCCCAAUUGUCCGGUUGUAUCAUCGGGCGCAGAAGUAAGAUCGGGCGCGAGUGUGUUCUCAAGGACUGCGAGGUUCAGGACGGCAACGUGGUCGAAGACGACACCGAGGCGAAGAACGAGAAGUUCAUGGUAUUCGAAGGUCUAGAUGACGACGAAGAUAUGGAUGGAGGAGACUAUGAGGACGAUCAGGAUGACUUUUAAGUGAAUUACGUUUUUGGUUGAUUAGAAAAGAGACAGAGAGAGAG